GGUGGAGAACUGUCAUUCAGUCAAAACAAAAACACGGUUCUUGUGUGGUGUUCAGGUUACCUAAUCUGGUGCGUGUUUGGUGGGAGGUUUUUUGGAUUUUUGACCGGAGAUUCCAGGUGGAAUUUGAAUUUGAACACAGCAUUUUCAUAGAAUACAGCGCUAAAGAUGCGAACGACGCUGACGGUGCUGAAAUCGCGCCUCCCCCAGAUCGAAAAGGCCGUCCCGUUCCAGGAGAUGCUGCCCCUGCAGCUAAAGGGCUCCGUAAGCGGUAAAACGGACAAAACCAGCGAUGUGGCCUGCCUGCAGGAGAUGGCCGUCAUGUUCUCGUGCCUGAAGGCGAACGAAUUCAACGAGAGUCUCUGCCCAAAGGAGGUGACGACGUUCAAAAAAUGUUACAAAGGCUACAUCGACAAGAAAGCCACGAAAAAGGAAACCUCCAGCAAGGGCAUUCUCGUGCCCGGCAAGGACCUGAACUACAAACAGUUGAACAAGGUGCUGAAGCAAUAUCCCAAUCAGAGUCAGGGAAAGUAGGUUGAUUUCUUUUUUUUAGUUCCUUAAUAAAAAUACGCGAUGCCACAACAUG